CGCCCCCCGCCGCUCCGCCCGGUGGAGCGUUGUCGCUGCGCGGGGCGGGGCCUCGCCGCCGGAAGCGGCCCGUUCCCUCAGCGUCGCUUCCGGUGCCGCCGCCGCCGCCCAGCGCGGGAUGUAGCGGCCGCGCGGCGGCAGAAGGACGCGGAGGGACCUGCACCGGCUGCCCCCCAGCACCGAGCCCGCCGCCAUGGCGUCCCGCAAAGCCUCCGCCGCCGGGCAGGGCAACGGGCUGGCGGCCGCCGGCCGGGACAGAGCCCACCUGGAGCUGGCCGAGCUGGGGCCGCUGCUGGAGGAGAAGGGGGACCAAGGAGCCGCCAGCUCGGCCAGUGCAGAAGACCCGCCGUGCCCCGCGGCCCGUGAGGAAGAGGAGGAGGUGGUCCGUGUGCUGACUCUGCCUCUGCAGGCUCAUCACGCGAUGGAGAAGAUGGAAGAGUUUGUGUAUAAGGUGUGGGAAGGGCGCUGGCGCGUGAUCCCUUACGACGUGCUGCCUGACUGGCUGAAGGACAACGAUUACCUCCUGCACGGCCACAGGCCUCCCAUGCCGUCUUUCCGAGCCUGCUUCAAGAGCAUCUUCCGAAUACACACCGAGACGGGCAACAUCUGGACGCACUUGCUAGGUUUUGUCUUGUUCCUCUGCUUGGGGAUCCUGACCAUGCUGCGGCCCAACAUGUAUUUCAUGGCUCCUCUCCAGGAGAAGGUGGUGUUCGGGAUGUUCUUCCUGGGAGCAGUGCUGUGCCUCAGCUUCUCCUGGCUUUUCCACACUGUCUACUGUCACUCGGAGAAGGUCUCACGGACUUUUUCAAAGUUGGAUUAUUCAGGAAUUGCACUGCUGAUCAUGGGGAGCUUUGUCCCAUGGCUCUACUAUUCGUUCUACUGCUCCCCGCAGCCAAGACUCAUCUACCUCUCCAUCGUCUGUGUCCUGGGCAUCUCUGCCAUCAUCGUUGCGCAGUGGGACCGGUUUGCCACCCCCAAGCACAGGCAGACAAGAGCAGGCGUCUUUCUGGGGCUGGGGCUGAGCGGCGUGGUGCCCACCAUGCACUUCACCAUCGCCGAAGGCUUCGUCAAAGCCACCACCGUCGGCCAGAUGGGCUGGUUCUUCCUCAUGGCCGUCAUGUACAUCACAGGCGCGGGGCUCUACGCCGCCCGCAUCCCCGAGCGCUUCUUCCCGGGCAAGUUCGACAUCUGGUUUCAGUCGCAUCAGAUCUUCCACGUGCUGGUGGUGGCGGCGGCCUUCGUCCACUUCUACGGGGUGUCGAACCUGCAGGAGUUUCGCUACGGACUGGAAGGGGGGUGCACAGACGACUCUCUGCUCUGAGAGCGCCUGGUUUUAGUACAAGCUUCCUAAGUGCUUUUUAAACUCCGUCUUUGCUAAAAUCAAAGGAAGACUCAAAACUCGUUUGGGGUUGUUGGUUGGGUUUUGUUUGUUUGUGUUUGGUUGGUUGGUUUUUUUUUUUUUUAAGAAAAAAAAAAAAAAAGAAACAGAAAAAUUCUUUAGCAUUAUCGACCAAAUCCUCACCCCCGUGGCCACACGCUUCGCUGGGGCUGAGGGGGGGAGGCGAGGCGGCCCCCGGCUGCGCUCUCACCUCCUCCUCCGGCCAGUCCGGGGUGAUCCCACUUUCCCAGGCAUGAUUCCCUAAAGCCAAGGGCGCGGAACCCCCAGCUCCCGGCCCGGCCGAGCCCCCCCCCACCACCCCAGCUCACCGCCGGAGCCAGCAGCGACACGCACUACCAGAGAUUAUUUUUUUUUUUGCAUAUCCCUCGCAGCAGAGGAGGAGGGGGCAGCUCUGCAGCCCCCCCCCCCUCCCUCCCAGCUCCGCUGCCCAGGGCACAGAUUCGUGUAACUUAAGUUUUAAUUGUCUUAUAUUUUUUUGUUUGUUUGUUUUCCUUGACAAAGUAAUGUAAACAUAAAUGAGAGAAUAUUUAAUAUUUAAUACUAAGCUUUAAAAAGACUUGCUGCCACCGCAGUGUACUCGGCUCCCUGGCUGUCUGUGGUAGUGAAGGAAGGACAGUGUGUUAGGGGAAUGUAGAGCUGCUGUAGCUGAUUGAAAUAAAAAGGUCAAUAGUUCAGUGUC